CUCCCAUGCGCACGCGACUAGGCUGUACGUACGCAUGGCAGGAACGACGAACCGCCCGGCACUAAGGACAUUCCUGCGCCGCGAAAGAACACGAGCCAGGCUCCGCAGCGCGCAUGCGAUGCGAAUCGAUUCUCCGCGGCCCGUCUUUUGGGCCGACGCGAAGACACGCGACUCCAAGCCCCGAGCCAGUCUGGAUUGGAACCGCAACGGUUCUCGACGUAUUAAAACAUGUCGUCAGCUGCUGGUCCCACGUGAACUCGAUGCUUGUUUCGAGUGACCUUGAGUCUCGAAAUAGCCACUUCCACGGAGUACUCCUUCCAAGCUGAGGUUCGCUAUCCGCCAUUGAUCAUGGCGCAGUGGGGAGCUCAACGGCAGCGAUCGUCACCAGCCGGCGGGGGCAUCCAGCACGCGCGCGGCGCGAAGAUCCUCACCUUAAUCGACGACUACGAGGACCGCAAGGCGGGAACCGUCGGAUUGACGCGCGACCACCGCGUGUCGCUCGAGUUCAAACCGUUCGCCAGCCAGAGCUACCUGCAUCUCCGCAACAGGCGCCUCGCCGUGCUCGCCAGGGCGCCGAUCCCGGGCGGCGGGCUCAGCUCGCGGCGUUAUAGCAGCGAGGAGGAGUGGGAGGAGUAUGACCCCGAAAUUGAAGAUCCUUAUAACGAAGAAGGCGGUAGCGAGGACGGCGGUGGAGGAUUUGCGGAACGAGGCGGCGCGAUCCGGCCGCGCGAGCCUGAGUUGUUCGACGUGGUGCGGUAUCCCCUGAGCGAAGCGCUCGAUACGGUUCGUGAGAAGCUCGAGCGCCGCGCGCUGAUGGUCCGCGGAGGCCCGCGGGGGGGAGGCGGAGGGCGCGCGCAUGAGGGGGUGGAGCGGGUGAAGCUGCUGGUGCGGCUGGGGAAGAUGCUGUUUUCUGCACAGGGGAGGGCGGAGGCCGCCCUCACCAACAUCCAGCCGUUCUCGGCGAAGAAUCUGGAGGACCACAUGAACGAGCGUGAGCCGUUCGAUCUGCCGAUCCAACGGACGUAUGAGACGCACCUUCCCGAAAACAUAUACCAGCAGGUGGAGGAUAUGCUGCUGGAUGACGACCAAGUGGCGCACAGUAUCGGCGAGAGAUACGUCAUUCAGGUGGUUGAUUCCAGGGAGCACGUUGUCUACAAGGCAGUCUGCAAGUACGAGGCGGAUGGCCGGCAGCUUUUCGUCAAGAAGGUCAAGAAGCCUCCUGUUCGCUAUGGGGUGAUUGACAUAGCACGGCCGGACAAAGUGUUGGAUGCUCGCUUGAUUCUCACUUCUGAAUCCCAGCUCACAACACUGGAUGACGAGCUCCAAGCUGCAAUCACCAGGAUCUUAGCCGUCACUCACGUUGACCCUCGCAGUCCGGCAGGGCUCCGCAUCCCAGCACACAUGACUGAGAGGCGUAGAGGCUCCGACGUUACCACCAGGGGCUAUGCUGGCACUGCUGCCAGGGGCUCUGCUGGCUCUCCUAGCAGGUUCCUGGUGCGUGCGGUGAGGCAUGCAACCACGAGGCGGGCGGUGGGGAGGGGGCGGCUGUGGAAGCUUGCUCGGGUUGAUGGGGUGGAGUUUAAGCAGGGGGGCGGGCGGCGCACGAACGAGAUAGAAUUCUGCCCGCUCGCAUGGCACCGUGAGCUCAAGGCCAGCUCAGGUGGAGGUGGUGGCAGCAGGGAGCAGCAGCCCCCUCUUGGAGCACGGGACGAGAUCAUGGGGGAAUGUCCUGGGCUGCUGGCAUGGGCUCUCUGAGAGGUUGCCAUAGCAGAAGACGCAGGCAUGGAGCUACAGAGUGGGAGCGCAGCAGGGAGCAGCAGCCCCCUGAUGGAGCACGGACAAAAUCAUGGUGGAAUGCACUGCACUGCUGGUGUGGCUGUUUGAGCAUUUGCCAUAGCGGGGGCCACACGCAGACGUGGGGCCAUAGAGAGGCAGUGCAGGGGAGAGCAGCAGCCGAUUUUUGAGGCGCCUAAGAAAGUUUGGCAUAGCCGGGAACGCUGGUGUGGGGAUAUGGAGCAGCAGUGCAGGGGAGAGCAGCAGCCGAAGAAAGUUUGGCAUAGCCGGGAAUGCUGGUGUGGGAUAUGGAGAGGCAGUGCAGGGGAGAGCAGCAGCCCCCCGUGUGGAGCACGGAGGAGCGCAUGGAAGGAAGCUCCCAAGGGCGCCUCAAAAAGGGAGAGGAUGGGGAGUGAACUGUUUUUGAGGCGCCUCAAAAAGGGAGAGGAUGGGGAGUGAACUGAGAUGAGAUGGUUAUUGAGAGGGGAAUCAAAGAGGACGAUGGUGGUGGGUAGGUGGGAGAUGAUGUGGACGUGGAAGGGAGUAGGGGGUUGGUUUAGUGGGUGGUCACAAAGUAGCAUGCAGACCAUGGGGGGAAUGGGUUUGAGGAUAGCUAGUGGAGUGUCAGUUCUCUUUCUGUUCCUUCAUGGUUGUGAAAGAUAUGUGAUUGUGCACACUCGAGAGAGAAAGAAUUGAUGGAUGGGGAGAAAUGGGCAGACUGUAGCUCCAAUCGAGGAGAAAUGCUGGGGAAUGGAGGAGGGCAGGCAAGUGUACACAUACUGAACACUGUUGUACCAUGCACAAGGCGAAUGUGAGAUUAUAU